CAAGGUUCUCUCAAAUGUUCAUGUGUUUCAAGUUUGAGUAAGCAGUGCGCAGGCUACUUCAAUUUAUAAAGCGUCGGCUACUGUGGUGUUUAUUUUAUUUUUUACAAUUUAGUUAGGUAAUACAACAGUUAUUAAACUUCAUGCACUCAUGGAUUAAUCUCAGAAACUGUCGUAACAUCAAACAAAGCCAAUUAUCUCGUCGUGCAGGAUGGAUCACAUAGUAGUACAAACGCAAGAAUAACAAAGUUCUCAACUGAUGGUAUGGAGCAGGGGUUCCCAUACGUUUUCACUCAGGCCUCCCUUCCUGAAUUGGGGAACAUCCCGCACCCCCCUUGUGCGCACCACGUCUAUUUCUAUGGGCAUAAACACUGUUCAUGACUGAUUGUUCACACCCCUCUUGUUGGCGGAGGGCAAAUGUUGCAGGUUUAAAGCUUAUUCCCUGCAAUUCUACACAUGUUGUCAUGUAGUGCAGAUCUUCAAGCACAGACUAGGGUAAAUGCUGCUGGAUCUGGCGUAAUGAGGUAGAUGGGGGAAUCCAAGAACAUGGUGUUGAAUGGCAGGCGGCAUUGCAGCAGAUUCUCCAGUGAUCGAUCCAUAACCUCGGCCAGGUCCCUGCGACAGAGCAAGGGCUCCUUAAGAAGUAGGAGAUGUAGUCAACGUGUCAUCAGUUCUACCCUUGAGGCAGAGAGACGUCAUACCCCGUCGUCGGGUAUGACUCCAAAGGAACUCUGUGAGAAUGAUGACUUGACUACAAGCCUUAUUCUAGACCCCUACCUUGGCUUCCAGACCCAUAAGAUGAAUAGCAGGUUUCGACCCAUCAAGGACCGACAAGGACAUUUGAAGGAGGUGCUAGAGUGCUUUAAAAAACAUGACAACCUCGAGAAGGCCUUCCAUGCCUUGACUGCUGGGGACUGGUCAAGACCCCACUUUCACCACAAGACGAAGGCUCAGGGCAAACUCUUCAAAGAGCAUGUUUUUGUUUACCUACGAAUGUUUGCAACUAACAGUGGGUUUGAAAUACUUCCCUGCAAUCGUUAUUCCUCUGAGCAGAAUGGAGCCAAAAUUGUAGCAACAAAAGAGUGGAAAACCAAUGAUAAGAUGGAAUACCUGGUGGGCUGCAUUGCUGAGCUAUCACAGCAUGAGGAAAGCAUUUUACUGCGACAUGGUGAAAAUGACUUCAGUGUGAUGUACUCCACCCGCAAGAACUGUGCUCAACUGUGGCUGGGACCUGCAGCCUUCAUCAACCAUGAUUGCAGGCCAAAUUGCAAGUUUGUUUCCACUGGGCGAGAUACAGCAUGUGUCAAGGUUCUGAGGGAUAUUGAACCUGGGGAAGAGAUCUCCUGUUACUAUGGAGAUGGCUUCUUUGGGGAAAAUAAUGAACUCUGUGAAUGUUACACCUGUGAAAGACGCAGUGCUGGUGCUUUCAAACCAAAGACCGGGCAGUCUACGGCCACUCCUAUUAUCAACAGCAUGUAUGGCCUGAGAGAGACAGACAAACGGCUCCAUCGACUUAAGAAAUUAGAAGACAGCAAAUGCUCUGACAGUCAGUUGGACGGCUCUAAUAUGGAUCCAGAUUCUCAGGAAAAUCGUGACACACAUUCAUCAGUAGGGUGGACAGCCUGCUCCAGUGUGACAAGGCUCAGUGACGCACAAGCCCUAAGCAGGCAAACUCUGUCCAAAAUGCCUAUGCCUACCUCAUCAUUCAAUCAAAGACACUCAAAGAACUCCAACGUGCCAGAGAGACUAAACUCAAAGUCCGUAAAGCCUUUGCACAAGCUAGGAAGAAGGUGUCAGGUAACUGCUCACAGGUUCCCCAUUGAGAUGGAAGCUAUGGGUUUGUGCCUUAAGGACCCCACAGAAUUAGUCAGUAACAGGGUCUCACGAAAGAGUGCGAUGGAUAAGCAAGGACCCAUGCAAGUGGUGGGAACAAGGGGUUGUCUUGUGCACUACACUGUGAAGGAACACAAUCAGAACUCAAUGAAAGAUGGUAGUAGGUGCCCAGAUGGUUUAGCUUGCACUCACAGAACUCGCAGUUCAACCAGAGCAUCAGUUGGCACCCAGGGGUCUGACAACAUUAAACUUGAACCAAACUGCGGUGUGGUUAGAAAGACCAAGCCUACAGACCUCGGAGAGUAUGUCACAGAUGGUCACUGGAUAAUCAGCCCAAGCCUGGAUAUCAAGUGUCCAAGUGAGACCUGUCCCAGACAGAGGCAAAUGAUAAAUCAGGAGGAGCAGCACUCUUUCAGACCAGCAUCCCUUCUCCAGGAGGGGGUUCCAGGCCUGCACCAUGCAGCUCGUACCCCAGACAUAGCUGAAUGCAGGAAAGAGUUGCAAUGCCUGCCUGAUGGUCGUGAGUACUACAACAAUCUGUCUAAGGGAGACAAGCUUCUCCACCUUGGCAAGGGGAAGAAGAAACAGCAGAUUACGCGCUAUGAUUCCCAGCUGAUCCUAGCCAACAACAGCUCAGGCAUUCCCAAGUUAACCCUGCGGAGACGAAGGGACAGCGGCAGCAGUAGGAUUGAGCCUGGUGAGUCUGACCCUGUCAAGUCCUCCAGCUCCACAAAGACCAGCAUGAAAUUUGGGAAGAACCAUCACCAUGCAAAGACCAAGAGGAGCUCUUAUGCAGCCAGAUGGAGUAAUGGGACUUUCAGUCCUGCUCACCACAUCCGCUCCUCCAAACAUGGCCUCAGUCCUGUGGAACACAUCCGCUCCUCCAAACAUGGCUUCAGUCCUGUGGAACACAUCCGCUCCUCCAAACAUGGCAUCAGUCCUGUGGAACACAUCCGCUCCUCCAAACAUGGCCUCAGUCCUAUGGAACACAUCCGCUCCUCCAAACAUGGCCUCAGUCCUGUGGAACACAUCCACUCCUCCAAACAUGGCCUCAGUCCUGUGGAACACAUCCGCUCCUCCAAACAUGGCCUCAGUCCUGUGGAACACAUCCACUCCUCCAAACAUGGCCUCAGUCCUGUGGAACACAUCCACUCCUCCAAACAUGGCCUCAGUCCUGUGGAACACAUCCACUCCUCCAAACAUGGCCUCAGUCCUGUGGAACACAUCCACUCCUCCAAACAUGGCCUCAGUCCUGUGGAACACAUCCACUCCUCCAAACAUGGCUUCAGUCCUGUGGAACACAUCCGCUCCUCCAAACUGAAGAUUCAGCUGCAGCAUGAGUGGGACAGCAGGAGGCUCAGCCAGUAUCGCCAUGGUAGUGGGCCCUUCACAGGUAUAGUAGAGAGGGAGGCAGGGGAGGUCUUUGGGCCCACAGUAGCAACAUUUGGAAUGCAUGAUGACACAGAGGAAGACUCGUCCUCUUCAGAAGAAGAGGAUGAAGAUUUAUCUGACCAUGAAGAGUUUGACGAUGAUUUUAUUCCACUUCCACCAACAAAACGCCUCCGGCUCAUUGUUGGUAAAGACUCUAUAGAUAUUGAUAUCGCAUCAAGGAGACGUGAAAAUCAGUCACGAACAGUCAAUGCAUGAGCUCUAUGAGUCUUUUUUUAAGUCAAUAAAAGUAAAAUCACAUGCUGUUGUAAAAUGUUAACUAUUUUUGUACAUGGUGGAACUUGGUUCGUUAUUCAUAUUGUAGAAUGUGUACAUUUUACAUGGCAUACAAUGUGUUGGCAAUUAUUUUUAUAUCUUCAGCUUUAUUUUGUACAAUUGUUAAUUAUAUUUAAAGCAUUUUUUAGUUUGUGUUGGUAAACAUGCUAAAUGUCGCAAGAAUGGAACCUUUUAGGAACACACUGCAAACAAAAUGUUCUUUGUCAACAUGGCAGUGUAUACAUGCAUAUAAAAUAAUAUGUAUUUUAUAUAUUGUUUUGAGAGCUUUUAAAAGGAACAGAAUUCUUGUUUCUUGCUGGAGGUAUGUGAAAAUGUUUGACUUCCAGUGAUUCCUGGGAGCUGGUCUCUGAUGUUUUAGUCCCGUUGUAAUCACUCAUUCCUUAAUCAAAAUGUGUUGGUGCUUGCAUAAUGAUUCUCUUGUUAACUUUUUAGUUUGUGCAGAUGUGGUUAUUUUGGAUGUUAUUUUAUUUUUUGAUCACAUUUUUAUUUUUCUAUUCAUUUCACUUAAGUCACUCAAUUCUCCAACUGUGUAAUUUCUCAGUAUUUAUUUCGCAAUCACAAAUUCAGAACUUACUUGGUCUGGCUUAGGUGGUGUAGAUAUUCAAACACUUUUCUUACUUUGCUAUUUUGUUCACCAUUUGAUCAUCAGUUCACCUGAAUUACUUUGUCUGCUGUGUCUGAAUUGUGAAUGGUGUGGUGCAUGUCUCAACUUUUUAAAUUGCUCUUUAUAUACAGGACCAGUCAAAAGUUUGGACGCACCUACUCAUUCCAGGGUUUUUCUUUAUUUUCUUUAUUUUAUUUUUAGCGGCCCAAAUAAAUGCUUCACAGCGUUCAAGUAACAGACACAUCUCAACAUCCAACAGUUCAGAGGAGACUGCAUGAAUAAGGCUUUCAUGGUCAAGUUGCUGCAAAGAAACCAUUACUAAAGGACACCA